UUGAUUUAUGAAAUACGUUAUUCUCUCUCUUGAUCAUUCGCCUCCGUCACGGUGGUUCUGCUGCCACCAGGCCAUGGCGAGACAUCUAGUCCCCGCUGCAGUUCUGCUGCUUCUGGCCGUCAGCCUGACAGCAACGCCAGUCUCGGCUCACAGCGCCAAUGGUCUUGCUGACGACGUUGGCAACGUGACAGUAACUAACGGAGUCACGAGCUGGUCCGUGACGAUCCUCAACAUCACCGGCGGGUGGAAGAUGCUUUCCGACAUGAAAGGCAGCGCCUUCGUUCCCACCAACGACGCGUGGACGGCGGCUCGUGCCGGGUACCUCAAGCAGAAGACGAUCGACGCGUCGGUCAAGGAGGCUCUGAACACCGUCGUCGACAAGAAUGCCAACGAAACCGACCUUCUGGCCAUGUCGCAAGGCGCGUGGAACGUGCUUCAUAACCUGGCGCACUACCACUUGGUUAUUGAAGGGGUCAAUGGCACCGUCAUCAAGAACUAUUUGACUGCAGGCAAGUACUACAGCCUCACGACCCACAAGGCAGCGCCCGUGUUCCUCCUCUACACCAAGGCCACGGGUAACAUUACCAUCACAAGCAAGCGGCCUGCCGGUGUCCCCUUGCUGACUCUUCCUUCCAUCAGCGACACCCACACCUCUCAUGCCGACGUGCUUGCCGUCGCAGUCGCCCCUCCUGUAACCACUCCCGCUACCCCCGCUCCUAUCGGUUUGGCUGCAAACCCGGCCGGCACUGACGCGGCAGUGGGCGUGGUGGUGAUCCCGGACAUUGUGGCCGAGCACGGAUACGCCAUCCACGCCAUCGACGCCGUGCUCUUCCCCACUGAGGCGUCCAUCCUCUCCAAAGAGUCCGUCAAGCCCUCUUCCCCACUCCCUCCCCCCCCCCACCGCAACCCGCCGCCCCUCCGCCACCCAUCGGCACGCCGCAACCCGCUGGCACGCCACAACCCGCUGGCACGCCGCAACCCGCUGGCACGCCGCAAUCCGCCGGCACGUCGCAACCCCCCGCCACGUCGCAACCCGUCGCCUCGCCGCCACCCCCCAAUUCUGGAGCUUCUGUCCGUACGUUCAGCGUGAUCUCAGCUCUCACCGUGCUUCUCAUCUCGUUCGUGCUCCUGCUGUAGCGCAUCCUGACUGCCUGAACUAUCCUUGCGGGGCGUUAUGUUCAAUUGUUAUGUUCAAUGGAUCAGAGGCUUGGAGGGGGUGUUAUGUUUGGUGGUAGUGUAGCUGCUGAACAUUCAUGAAACGAGCCGAAGGCUUUGAUUGAGAAGUCCGGCCCGCAGCUGCCUUUGCGAGGGCCCUAGUGUACAUCGGGUGCACACCGUACGCCCCCGAUUUGGACGUAUCGCGUGGGAGUAAUGCGCGCACAAACUUCGCAGGCCUUCGCGCCAGGGAAAUGGGCAAUGCUAAUGAGGACGGUUGUAACAUGCUUGUGUCAACUUAUACACAUGCUUAUAUGUAGAAGUUAU